UACAUGUUUUGUUCGCAUGCGUUUGCCGUAGUUGUUUGGGGGUGUGCACACUCCGGCUUGACUGCAUAACAGACGGUGCUCGGUACACGAUUUGUCUGUCACCGUUUAGGCCUGUGUCCGUGGUACUAUUCUCACAAUCAUGGCUGGGAAGCGAGCGUUGGUCAUUUUAGCCAAGGGUGCAGAAGAGAUGGAGACGGUCAUACCGGUGGACGUCAUGCGCAGGGCUGGGAUCGCAGUGACUGUGGCAGGGUUGACGGGGAAGGAGCCGGUGCUAUGCAGCCGCGAUGUUAACAUCUGCCCUGACACCAGCCUAGAGGACGCCCGCAAACAGGGUCCAUAUGAUGUCGUGUUGUUACCUGGAGGAGCCUUGGGAGCACAGAACCUGUCUGAGUCUUCUGCUGUAAAGGAGGUGCUGAAUGACCAGGAGGGCAGGAAAGGGCUGAUAGCGGCCGUCUGUGCAGGCCCCACCGCCCUCUUGGCCCAUGGCAUUGCCUACGGCAGUACCGUUACAACCCACCCCGGCGCCAAGGACAGGAUGAUGACUGGAGGUCACUAUACGUACUCUGAGGCCCGCGUGCAGAAGGACGGUAAGCUCAUCACCAGCCGAGGCCCCGGGACCAGCUUCGAAUUCGCCCUGGCCAUUGUGGAGGAGCUCAUGGGAGCGGAGGUCGCCGCCCAAGUCAAAGCCCCGCUUAUGCUGAAAGACUGAGGCCACACCCACACACCCAAGGCUACGCCUACUGCUCAUCAGAACGCACUAUAGCCACAUCCAGUCAGAUGGUAGAGUAGGAAAUAUUUAACCUGUCAUAUCAUCGAUGAGGGUAGAUGUUGUGAAACGACAGGAUGUUGCUCAGCACUGUCUGAUCUUUCUGAUUGAACAGUCCUUUAUUUUAGGAAAUGCUGGGCAAAUUGAAUUUAGCCCGGUGUUUUGUGCAUGCCACUUUCCUGAAAUAAACAUGCCCUUCUUAUUCUUACUAAUCUGGCGCAAUAAAAGGGGUGUUGUGUUCUUUUGCACUUCAUUUUGCACUUGA